AUGAAGAGAUCCAUUGCUCAGAUAUUUAUUAUUCUCCUCGCUGUUUCAGUUUCAGUUUCAGCUUCACCUAUCAACAAGACUGAUGUUGAAAUUGAGGCGAAUGAAAUUGAGGCGAGUCAUUCUCCCACAUUAUAUUUUUUGCUUUUUGGACUAGCUCUUCUGAUUAUCAUAUUGAUUAUUCUUUACAAAACCAGAGAUGUUCAAAGGUAUGUAUUUAGGAUGUUCAAAAUCAAGAUUCAGCAAAGUUUAUUUUUAGACCUCCCAUGCAUUUUCCAAGACAUGGAAUUCCUUCUCGACACACGAUAAGAUCAUCUCACGAAAUGAUCAUGAAUUGGUACCGAGGUCAGAAUGUUGCCAUUGCUGGUGAUAUUCCCAUUGUGCCUUAA